AUGGUUAACAGCAGUGCUCCUUUUCUUCUCCCUACCUUACUGCUCCUGCUGCAGAACAUGAGCAACCCUGAAACCUCCAUCCCUCCUGCUGGCUAUGAGAUCCCAGAAUCUCCACCCAGAGGACCUGGCUCAAGCAAGAUCCACACUCUCGUGGAGUAUGGGCUGAGGCCGGGGGAAAUUGCAGCAGCCAGCAUGGUUUGGGGAGUGCUGUGGCUGCUUUCCAUCUUUGGAAACUUCCUCGUUUGCUUAGUGAUCCACAGGAGCAGGAGGACACAAUCCACUACCAACUAUUUUGUGGUCUCCAUGGCUUGUGCAGACCUUCUCACCAGUGUUGGGAGCGCACCGUUCCUGCUGCUUCAGUUGGCCUAUGGCAGGUGGAUGCUGGGGAAUGGGAUGUGCAAGCUGGUAAGGUACAUACAGUACCUCAUCCCUGGAGUCCAGAUCUAUGUGCUCCUUGCCAUAGGCGUGGAUCGAUUUUACACUAUUGUCUACCCCCUGAGCUUCAAAGUGUCCAGGGAGAAAGCCAAGAAAAUGAUUCUGGGCUCUUGGCUCUGUGGUGCUCUGUUGGCAUCACCGGCUUGCUUUCUCUACAGCACCAACAGCCAGCACCACUGCAACUUUUUUCUUCCUGAUUCUUGGCAAGGAGCUGUCUACAGUAUCAUUCACCUCUUGGUGGUGUUUUUUAUCCCAUCCCUGUUCAUUAUUCUCUUUUACCAGAAAGUUGUUAAGUACAUUUGGAGAAUAGGCACAGAUGGAAUGACUGUCAGGAGGACAACAAAUAUUGUUCCUAGAACAAAAGUGAAAACUAUCAAGAUGUUCUUAAUAUUAAACUCAGUGUUUCUCCUGUCCUGGCUCCCUUUCUACAUGGUACAGCUGUGGCACCCACGGGAAACAGACUACAGAAAGAGCUCCUUGGUUUUCCUGGUCAUCACCUGGAUCUCUUUCAGUUCCUCAGCCUCUAAGCCAACCCUCUACUCUGUCUACAAUGCAAACUUCAGAAGAGGGAUGAAAGAAACUUUUUGCAUGUCUGCCAUGAAAUGCUACAGAAGCAAUGCAUACACCAUCACCACCAGUUCCAGGAUAGCAAAAAAAAAUCAUGUUGGGAUUGCAGAUAUUCCAGCUACAGCCAAAAGUGUCACCAAAGACUCCACAUAUGAUGCAUUUAACAGAGAGGCCAAGGAAAGAAAGCUUGCCUGGCCUAUUCCAUCCAACCCCCCAAAUACGUUUGUUUAA